CAACAAAAAAAAGCUGGUGGACCUUAAGAAGUAAAUUCACUAAACAUAUGGAAUUUGUUUUAUCUGCAGAUAAAAAGGAAAUUAAAACCAAAAAUUUAAAUAUUACAAAUACAGAAUUUGUUCUCUUAGGGUUUUCUGAUGUCCCUCAACUCCAGUGGAUGCUUUUUGGGAUAUUUCUGUUCAUGUAUUUGUCUAUUCUGAUCAGCAACAGCAUUAUAAUGUUAAUAACAAGAACUGACUCUGCUCUGCAGACCCCUAUGUACUUUUUCCUUAGCAACUUUUCUUUUGUGGAAAUCUGCUAUGUAACAGUCACGAUCCCAAGGAUGCUCAUGGACCUUUGUACUCAAAAAGGAACUAUUUCCUUGUUGUCCUGUGCUGUACAACUCUGUUUUGUCAUCAUGCUUGGAGGCAUGGAGUUCCUCCUCCUGACAGUCAUGGCCUAUGACCGUUAUGUGGCCAUUUGCAAUCCUUUGCAUUAUCCUCUGGUCAUGAACAAUAAGGUCUGUGUGCAGCUUGUGGCUGCUUGCUGGAUCUGUAUUAUUCCAGUUGUGACAGGACAAACUUACCAGAUUUUCUCCUUGCCUUAUUGUGGAUCUAACAAAAUUCAUCACUUUUUCUGUGACAUCCCCCCACUACUCAAGCUUGCUUGUGGUGACACAUUUGUGAAUAAUUUAGCAAUUUAUAUUGCUUCAGUAGUGUUUAUCAUGGUUCCAUUUCUGUUGAUCCUUGUUUCCUAUGGCAAGAUUAUCUGCAACGUUCUAAAACUGGCAACAGCUGGAGGGAGGUCUAAAGCCUUUUCUACAUGCUCAUCUCAUCUGAUAGUUGUGGUUUUAUUUUAUGGAACAGCUACAAUCACAUAUGCACAACCAAAAGCAUAUCAAUCUGAAACCUUGGGAAAGCUGCUGUCUCUUUUCUACACCAUUUUGAUUCCACUGUUGAAUCCCAUUAUAUAUACACUGAGGAAUAAAGAUAUCAUGGUAGCACUGAGAAAAUUACAAACUAAGUUAUCAACAUUUGGAAACACUUAAAAUUACAAAAAUGAUUUCUUUGUAUAUUUUACAUGCAUGUUU